GCGCCCGCCCGCCUAGAGCGCUCCCCGUUUCUCCCCCCAGCUUCCGCGGGUGAUCAGCUGGUCUGCGCUCCGCUGACGUGGGUCGGCGCACGUCACCGCCGAAUGGCAGCCUCCAGAAAGGCACCGCGAGUCAGUUUCAUAGUCUGAGCCAUCCUUGCAUUCCUGGAAUAAAGAAGAGAUACCUGCAGCACUGAUCCACUGUGAGGCUUACCUCCUGCAGGGCGAGCCACCGGGAUUUUCAGCUGACAAAUUUGAGAAUAAUUGAGCUUAACGGGGUGACAAACACAGAAGACCCAGGUGUGGAAACAGGUGGCAGAAUGGCUCCAAAGGUAACUUCAGAGUUGCUCCGGCAGCUGAGACAAGCCAUGAGGAACUCCGAGUAUGUUACAGAACCAAUCCAGGCCUACAUCAUCCCCUCAGGAGAUGCCCACCAGAGCGAAUACAUUGCUCCAUGUGACUGUCGGCGAGCCUUCGUCUCAGGAUUUGAUGGCUCUGCGGGCACGGCCAUCAUCACUGAAGAGCAUGCGGCCAUGUGGACUGAUGGACGCUACUUCCUCCAGGCUGCCAAGCAGAUGGACAGCAACUGGACGCUCAUGAAGAUGGGCCUGAAAGACACACCGACUCAGGAAGACUGGUUGGUGAGUGUACUUCCUGAAGGAUCCAGGGUUGGUGUGGACCCCUUGAUCAUUCCUACAGACUACUGGAAGAAGAUGGCCAAAGUCCUGAGAAGUGCUGGCCACCACCUCAUUCCUGUCAAGGAGAACCUUGUGGACAAGAUCUGGACAGACCGUCCUGAACGCCCCUGCAAGCCCCUCCUCACACUAGGCCUGGACUACACAGGCAUCUCCUGGAAGGAUAAGGUUGCAGACCUGCGGUUGAAAAUGGCUGAGAGGAAUAUCGUGCGGUUUGUGGUCACUGCCCUGGAUGAGAUUGCAUGGCUGUUCAAUCUCCGAGGAUCAGAUGUGGAGCACAAUCCAGUAUUUUUCUCCUAUGCAAUUAUAGGACUAGAGACCAUCAUGCUCUUCAUUGAUGGUGACCGCAUUGACGCCCCCAGUGUGAAGGAGCACCUGCUUCUUGACUUGGGCCUAGAAGCCGAGUUCCGAAUCCAAGUGCUUCCCUACAAGUCCAUCCUGAGAGAGCUCAGGGCCCUGUGUGCCAGCCUUUCCCCGAGGGAGAAGGUGUGGGUCAGCGACAAGGCCAGCUAUGCCGUGAGUGAGGCCAUUCCCAAGGAUCAUCGCUGCUGUAUGCCUUAUACUCCCAUCUGCAUUGCCAAAGCUGUGAAGAAUAGUGCUGAGUCAGAUGGCAUGAGGCGAGCCCACAUUAAAGAUGCCGUUGCCCUCUGUGAACUUUUUAACUGGCUGGAGAAAGAGGUGCCCAAAGGCAGUGUGACGGAGAUCUCAGCAGCAGACAAAGCUGAGGAAUUUCGCAGUCUGCUAUGUGUGUCUUCCUAUUCCAGGCAACAGGCUGACUUUGUGGACCUGAGCUUCCCAACCAUUUCUAGCACUGGACCCAAUGGCGCCAUCAUCCACUACGCGCCAGUCCCUGAGACGAAUAGGACCUUGUCACUGGAUGAGGUAUACCUCAUUGACUCUGGUGCUCAGUACAAGGAUGGGACCACAGAUGUAACCCGGACCAUGCAUUUUGGGACUCCUACGGCCUAUGAGAAGGAAUGCUUCACAUAUGUCCUGAAGGGUCACAUAGCUGUCAGCGCAGCUGUUUUCCCAGCGGGAACUAAAGGUCACCUUCUUGACUCCUUUGCCCGCUCAGCUUUAUGGGAUUCUGGCCUGGACUACCUGCAUGGAACGGGCCAUGGUGUCGGGUCUUUCCUGAAUGUUCAUGAAGGUCCUUGUGGUAUCAGUUAUAAAACAUUCUCUGAUGAGCCUUUGGAGGCAGGCAUGAUUGUUACUGAUGAGCCAGGGUAUUAUGAAGAUGGGGCUUUUGGGAUUCGCAUAGAGAAUGUGGUCCUGGUGGUUCCUGUGAAAACCAAGUAUAACUUCAAUAACCGGGGAAGCCUGACCUUUGAACCCCUAACAUUGGUUCCAAUACAAACCAAGAUGAUUGAUGUGGAGGAGCUUACAGACAAAGAGUGCGACUGGCUCAACAACUACCACCAGACCUGCAGGGACGUGAUCGGGAAGGAGCUGCAGAAGCAAGGCCGCCAGGAAGCUCUCGAGUGGCUCAUCAGAGAAACACAGCCCAUCUCUAGACGACACUAACAGCCUGUUUUCUGAAUGCCGGGGGUGAAGGGUGACACACGGCCGGCCCUGGACAGCUCCCCCUUCACUCUCUUCCCGCUCACCCUUCCUCUUCACUGUAGACUUGGAAAAGAACUGAAAAAAAUCUUCCUGCCCUCUUUGAUAUUUUCUUGCAAAACAACCUUUUGUGAUUUUUUUUUUAAAUUGUUGAGAGCCAGCCAAGAAUAAAGUUGCCACACCAGGAGGGUGGGAACCCCAUCAGGGAGAUGCCUGAGCCGCCGCAGCCCCCGUCCAGGAUGGGGGGACAGGGGAGCUCUGACGGUCAAGCUCCAGGUGCUAGUACAUUACUCAUGAUCACCUUGCUGCUCACAAGACCGUAUUUAUGAUCAGUGAAUAAAAUGACAAAACAUCCUU